UUGCAACUUUGCGACUGCUCCGGGAACCCGUUGUUCGAGUACUGCAUAUUUCCGGCCCCGAUUCAAGAUGCCUCGUCAUUAGACAUUUCUUGUUAGCCUGCUCGUCCGUGUUUGUAUUACUAUUUCCUUUUUUUUUCUCCUCUCUGUUCGUUUGAGAGCGCAGCGGCACACCUGAUUUUCCACCUGCGCGACCUUUUUCAAUCGGGACACGAUGGUGUCCGAUGCGCCGAACCCGACAUGGCAUCCCGCGAUGAUGCCGAACUCGACCGCCGACUUGCCUCAGAGUCGACCCGAAGAAACCGCGUCUAGCCCUGCGCAGGAACCGAGUAAUGCGGAGAACACGGCACAGCCAGAUGCGGCCGGCGAAGCAUCUCAGGAUUGGUUUCAGGAUGAUGGGGCCGGCGACGACUGGUUAGCUGACACCACGAAAGCGCCGGCCGCGAGCGCCGAGACCCCAGACCAGACUGAACAAGCAACCCCGACCGAAUCCGCCGCCGACGAUGCUCUCCCAGACGAGUCGAGCACGGCUUCCAAGCACUUCAGCACAAUGUCCUUCACCCGGACUGUGGCGCACGAGGUGAAUUGGAACGACGAUGACGACGCCGAAUGGUCCCUCUCCCGGACCGACAGCGAUCCUUUCAAGUUCAUGCCCGAGAGCAAUCGCACAAAUUCCUUCCCGCCUGUGUCUCCUCUAGAAAGCCAGCAGACCGAGACCCCGCGCGAGCUAGGACAACCCAUCUCCUUCUCUUCGGCCGAGGACCUGAUCCGCGAGGUCAAGGAAGAGACUCGGGAGGACGAGCCUCUCCCUGAUGCCACAACCGGGACAUCGCAGGGUGAUGCUGGGGCACAAGAGACCGGAGGCGGUACUGCCGAACGCCAGCAUCUUGGGGAGAGCACCGCUGCCCCAUCUGAAGAGGAGGCCCGCUUUGAGGAGGGGAUACCAUUGGUCUCAUCUGCCCAGCAGGACGGGGCACCGCAGAGCCCGGGCGCGGCGGGGCACGACCUGUUUGCGCAAGAAGCGGGUGACGAAGAGGACGACUUCUUCAGCAAUGUGCGCGCUGAGGGGGCCACUCAAGGCGGCGGCGGCGACGACUCGCAGCCUGCUCCAGUACAGCGGAAAUCCACGAUGGAUGUACUGAAAUCCGUCGACAUGGAAUCCGCCGGCACGAGCUUUACGCCCCUGGAUGAGACCGCAGAGGAAUCACGAACCGAAAACGACAGCCCUCCUCAGCCAAAAGAGUCCAACGAGGAGUUACCAGCGCAGAGCCCAGAGAAACCGCGAGACGAACCAGAGGCGCAGCAGGAGGAGGAGAACCUUGACGAGAAAUGGAGGGCUAUGUUUGGCGAUGAUGACGAGGAGGGCUUUCUGCCGGACGACGGCGCCGGGCCUAACGAGGUGGAUGCGUCAGCUUUCCUCGGCAGCGACGAUGAGGGUUUACUCGAAGACUCGGAAACUGAGCAGCCGGAACAAAGCCAGCCAGCCACAACCUCCUCAGCGAAGGUGCCAACAACUCCUAGCUAUGGUGGCACGCAGGCGGUCAACAACCGGUAUCUGCCUCAGUCUCAGACUCCAGCGGUAACCACCCCGCCGCCGAAUCCUUACCUGCCUGCGGCUUCGCCCCUGACGCCAGCGAACCCCUACGUCCCGGCGGCCCAAGCACCAGCAGUCCAGCCUCCUGCUCCGGCAUCCUAUAUCGCCCCGUCAACUGCUCCGCCGGCCCCGAUGCAGUCUGGCUAUGGCGCUGCACCACCUCCCUUGCCCACAGAGAAGAAAGCGCAAAGCUUUGUGGACAAGUCCAAAGGCGGUUAUACGUCGCCCUAUGACCUCCCAAUGGAGGUUGUCAAAGUUCCGAAGAGACGUACCAGUACUCAGCUCCUUCAGCGCAAUACGUCGGCGCCUGGCUCGCCCGCGCCCAUUCCGCCGCCCCCCAGGAGCGCAAGCAUGCACUCUUCCACGCCGCCGCCGCCCCCCCCAAGUGGUGGCCCGCCGCCCGGCAUGGCACGCCCGGCAUCGAGCCACUCGUCGCGAGGACCCCCAAGUGGGCGUAAGACCGAGAGCGAGAGCUUCUUUGAGGAUCUUCCCAUAACCACCAAGCCACGGCCCGCAUCCCGGCAAAGCCAAAAGAGUGCGCCGUCACCGACGCAGCCAAGUUCCUACGGCGUCCCGCCGCCGUCCGCUCCCCCGUCGGUCACUUCUCAUCCGAUGCCUCCUCCUGCUCCUCCUCGUGGGUCGUCGGCUCCCGGCGGCUCUGGGCCGGGCAUUCCGGAGCUGGUUGCGCCGCCCCGCGUAAACCCAUAUGCUCCCUUGAGCUCGAGCCCCGCCCCCAUCCCCGCGGCACCUCCGGUGGCGUCGACCCGUUAUUCCCCGGCGCCUCCUGGAGCACCACACCCUCCUAACGGUCCCGUUCCAGCUCCUGCGACCAAGCGAUAUUCCCCAGCCCCGCCAGCCUCACGGCCGCCGGCCGCCGGGUAUGCACCAACCCCCGCGACUCCAGGACCAGCGGUGUUGCCUCAUCAACCUCGUACAUCGAGUCCACUUGCCCAGUUCGAGAUUACGCAUGAGAGGUCGAGGCCUCAUGCACCAGUCGGCCAGCCCGAGGGCAGCCUGGUUGAGAGACGGAGCAGCAGUUCCUUGCACGAGUAUCGGCUCCAAAGAGUGCCGUCCUUGCCCCCUACAAGGGAGGUCGAGGAAGAGGAAGCCCCUAAGGAGGCCCAAGGGGCGCUCGAGAACCGGGCGCCGCCCUAUCCAGCAUCGCCGCCCGUUUCCAAAUACGCGCCGCCGCCCCAAGGAGCCAGGCAGACGCCUCCGCCUCCAGGUCCCUCCGGACAAGCCGUGCUGUCACCUCCCAAACGCGCCGCCUCGGCCUACAGCCCUCUGGCGCCACCGUAUGAAUUUGUCCCGCCUCCUCGCUCCCAGACCCAGAGCCCCGGAUCCCUGUACGGCAACCGAGGUGCGAAGUCUGUCGAGCCGAUUCCUCGACCGUCUUCCGUGAACGGCCCGACCUCGCCGCGUGAAGUUGCGCAACCUGCCGCACCGCCGCCGCAAGCCUUUGCUCCCGUUGCCCCAGCGGCCGCCCCAGCCACAACCGCCAACACGACCUAUCGUCGCCCUAGGGGUGCAUCAAUGAACCUGAACGUGAUCCCCCCGACGGACGGUCGUGAGCAUGACCCGCUUCAGCGGUGGCCAGGGGCGCCCAUCAUCUCCUGGGGCGUCGGUGGCACCUUUGUGACCAUGUUCCCCAAGGAGGUGCCUCGGUACGGUAUGAACCAGAGCAUUCCUGCCGUUGUCCGUAGCCCCGGUGAUGUCAAAGUCCAGAACAUCAAGGAUAUCCUACCCCUAGAGGAACGGCUCGCAAAGUUCCCCGGGCCUCUCAAGGGCAAGUCGAAAAAGAAGGAGACCAUCGCUUGGCUGACGGCCGGCAUCGAGAGCUUGGAACGAAGCCUGCCCACCAGUUUCUCCUUCCAGACGAGUCUGUCCCACGAUCAGAAGCGCGCGGUCGAGCGGGUGCUGCUCUGGAAGAUCCUCCGUGUUUUUGUUGAGCACGAUGGUGUGCUCGAAGGAAAUCCUGCGGUCGAUAAAGCCGUCCGUGAUAUCCUAACCCCCGGCCUCGAGAGCCCGGAAAGCAGCGCGACGCCGUUCGCAAGCGGUGGUGCCGCCUUUGGCCUGGCUGCCGAUUCCGCUCCGACCGGGGUGCAAGCCGAGGGGGUUGGCUCCUCGACGCUCGAGCAGAUCCGCCGCCAUCUCCUUGUUGGCGAACACGAGAAGGCCGUCUGGGCUGCGGCUGACCAGCGCUUAUGGGGCCAUGCCCUCCUCAUCUCGAACGCGCUCGCGCCGAACCUGUACAGGCAGGUCGCUCAGGAGUUUGUGAAGAAAGAGGUUAAUAUCCCGGGACACAACAACGAAUCGCUCGCUGCCUUGUACGGAGUUCUUUCCGGAAACCACGAGGAGAGCGUGGACGAGCUCGUCCCGAGCCACGCACGCGCCGGGCUUCAGCUCAUGGCCACCAAUCCGGCAUCCGGCCCCUCAAAGGAUGCUCUGGAAGGCCUGGACAAGUGGCGGGAGACCCUCAGCCUCAUCCUCAGCAACAGGAGCCUCAACGACGUCCGCGCAAUCCACUCUCUCGGCAUCCUCCUCUCCGGCUAUGGGAGAGCAGAGGCCGCCCACAUCUGUUUCAUGUUUGCGCGCAGCUUCACCGUCUUUGGCGGUCUCGAUGAUCCGGCAUCUCACUUCGUCCUCGUCGGCUCCGAUCAUAAGAAGCAGGCCGAGCAGUUCACCAAAGAGAUCGAGCCCCUGCUGCUGAGCGAGGUCUACGAGUACGGCCAAAGCCUGGCAGGCGGCUCGCCCGUGCCCAUCACGAACCCGCACCUGGCAGCUUACAAACUCGAGCACGCCCUGGCUCUGGCCGAGUAUGGGUUCCGGGACAAGGCGUUGCAGUACUGUGAUGCGAUCGCUGCCGCGAUUACCGCUCAGACCAAGAGGUCUCCGUAUCACCAUCCCAUCCUGGAGAAUGCAGUCGAGGACCUCAUGAGGCGCCUCAAGCAGGCUCCAAAGGAGGAUUCCGGUUCCUGGAUCCCCAAGCCAACCAUGAACAAGGUGUCCGACACGGUGUGGAGCAAGUUUAACAAGUUCGUCUCCGGGGAGGAUGACACCUCCGGCCAGGGGACGUCCGGAGAGGCCGAACCCGGUCCGUUCGCGCGUGUCGCCGGGGGCACGCCAGCCAUAAGUCGGUCGCCUUCGACGAACAACCUGGAGACGUUUGGCGCCGCGGUUCCGAGUUACGGCAUCCCGGCAGCCAUUCCUAACGGGCCAGUGCCGGCUUCUGCGCCACCAACCAGGGCUACGUCUCGAUAUGCGCCCGGCGCGCCGCAGGGUCCGGCCUCUAACAGCAGACCUUCCACUUCGGCGUAUGCGCCUCGGUCCUCCAUGGAGCGGACGUCGAGCGAGCUCAACAGAAGCUCGUUCGAGGUGCCCAGGCGGUCUUUGGAACUGCAGUCCGGGCGCACGGGUAGUUACAGUCCGGUCCGGAGCGGCUCGCCAGCUGCCAUGUACACACCCCAAGGUGUCGCGGGGUCUAGUAGUUCCCCGCAACAGUCGCCGUACGGCCCGGCCUCUCAACCGGCGCCGCCGCAGCCCAUUGGUUAUCCGGGCGCCGCUGUCAAUGGCGAAUCGCCUGACAAGGAACCCGACGAUGCGUCUGCCCAAUCUCCCGAAUCGUCGGGAUAUCCGGCCCCUUCGUAUGGGUACGAGCCCCCGUCGCUUACUCCCUACGAGGCGCCCGCCGAGGACAAGAGCGGCACAUCCGAAGAAGCUGCCAAUGGCAACAGCAGCACCUACGAGCCGCCCUCGUACCAGCCGUAUAGCUACGAACCGCCUUCGUACGAACCCGACCCGGAACCCUCAAACGAGGAUGCCGGGUCUGACGAGGAGUCGAAGCCGAAGCCCAAGAAGAAGGGCAUCAUGUACGACGACGAGGAUGACUUCCCCGUUCCGCGGCCUGCCGAGAAGACAAAGGAAGAAAAGGAUCGUGAGAACGAAGAGUUGAUCCGCAAGGUUGCCGAAGAAGAUGGUAAGUCUAUAUAUAUAACGUCUUGCCGGAGCACAAUCUCGGACCGUACUGACCCCCGACCCAAGCCAAACGGGCCGAAGCAGCCAAACAGACCAAAAAGGGGUGGGGCUUCACCUCCUGGUUCGGUGUCGGCGCGAAGAAGGACGCGGCCGGCCAGAGCUCCAGCCCCAACAAGCCCAUCCGCGCCAAGCUCGGCGAGGCCAACUCGUUCUACUAUGACCCCGAGCUCAAGCGCUGGGUCAACAAGAACGCCGGGCCCGAAGACGCGGCCAAGAAGGCGACACCCCCGCCGCCCAGGGCAGCACCGGGAACCGCCCAGCGCUCCGUUAGCGCCAGCCCGGCGUCUCCUCCCUCGUCAACAGAAGCAGCCGGCCGCGCGAGCGCGAGCGCGAGCACCCCUCCCCCGCCCACGGGUCCGCCGCGCGCCGCGAGCCGCGGACCAACCGACAAUGGUGCCCCUGCCGGCCCCCCGCCGCCGGGACCGGUGGCCAUGCUACGGUCGGCGUCCAACAGCAGCACGGCUAGUGCCCCGCCGCUGGGUCAGGGCGCCCCGCCGUCGAGGCCGCCGACCAGCCUGAGCAACUCCAACAGCAUCGAUGACCUGCUGGGUGCGGCGGGACCGAGGAAGCCGGGGGCCGCGAAGAAGGCGAGGAAGGGGGCGAGAUAUGUGGAUGUCAUGGGGAAGUCGUAAAGGAAGAACGAGGAGAAUAGAGGGAGAGAGAUAUAUGACUGUGCACGCUAUCGGGAGUUUGAAAGGAUUGGGGGGGGUUGGGGAGAAGGGGCCGAGGAAAGACGAUGAUACUGUAUAACUUACGAUGUAUACGUAAUUACUGAUGCCCUCCUGCCAGGGCGCUGUCGUCUUGAGGCAGAUGAUGGCUUACC